AGGCCUGUGCUAAAAUAAAAGCCGAAGUGAAUUUGGUGGUGCCAGUUGGGAUUCUCCGAAAUGCCGCGAAAAUUCACAUUGAGAAAAUGAGAAGUUUUUAAUGUGAAAAUUGUUUAAUUCCUUAGAAUUAAGUCAUUUUCACAAGAAAAUCCUUUUAAUAAUUUAUUUGAAUACAGUUAUUUGGGUUAAUUGUGAAUAAUUGUCGAUAUUACAACAAAAACAUUGGGAUGACAUUUUUAGCUGGAAGACUCAUAUUCUUUUGAGCUGUCCCAAAAUUCAAGAUAGGUUUGAGAAAAACCCUUUUGUACAACACUAUUUUGAUUAAUAAGGAUUGCAAAAGUACAUAUUACAAGAAGGGACACGACCUGCUAAUAAGGAUAAAAUAGAGAAGAAAAUAUUUUGUCGCAUUUUAGAGAUUUUUGCAACCGCAGCUCCGCCAGACGUUUGUCAAGUGAGUUAUUUGUGUCUCUAUCUCUCUCUCACAGUUGAAUUGCGUGCGAUUUAAGAACUUUAAUUUCUUUGUAUUUCUACAAGAUUCAAGUAAAAGGACGUAUAGUGAACAGUUAUCCGUCUUUCAACAAAGACAUCAAGAAGACAAUUCAUUUUUUAUGAGAGUUUUUCUUUCUAUUAUGUCUUUUUGGCGCAAAAAUAUUCAUCAUGGCACCGUGAAUAAGCGGGAUUAGUGUUACCAGAACGUCAAUCUGCAAUUUCCAUUAGAACUAUCAACACAAAAUUUCCGAUACUACACGACUUUUAAUAAGCACAGGUCUGGUCUAAAUUUUAAAGAUUUCUAAAUGAAAAUUUCAUAAAAUGUGCUUUGAAUAGAUUUUUUUUAUGUCGAAAAAAAAAUUAGAGAAAACAUGGUGUUUUCCAGUCGUUUUGGCCCACGUAACCGCUUAACACGUUAGAGUAAACGGAUCACUCAGGCUAGCAUUACAAUAUCUGUUAUAAAGGGACGUAGGCCUAUGAUAACAAAAUCAAACUUAAGCUAUCGCUUAGGAAACUCUCGCAAUCAACCGAGCCCAUCUUCCAGAUGUAGCAGUAAACCUAAACUCAUGGAAGUCAUGGAAGUUAGUCUGUAUGACCUAAGCGUACAACAUCGUUAGGUAAAAACGAUUUAAAAGUGAACGGAUAGAUAGUUGAAUGAAUUUAAGAUAUUUGUAGCUUUGACUAAUUUCAAAAAGUAGAGAAUUUUCCAAGUCUUGUUUCUAACAGUGUAGAGGUGGUAAUAGACACGUGGUAGACACUGUGAUUUGCUAUUAAAUGGCCUUAUGAAGGAGAGUUAAUAUAAUUGAUCAAAAUAAAUUGAAAAGGGUGAUCAUGGAGAGAGACGGAGAGUGAUGUUUUGGAAAAAAAAGAAAUCACUAGGUGGCCGCGAGGUAUUAGAAUAGAACGAUAUUCCUACUACACUACAUCCAUUUCAUUUAACCAUUUUUUUCCAAGCCUCUUGCAUAUUUAUCUUCGUAGUGCAACUCAUCAUUGCACUAACACAGAUGCAAAUAGCCGUGUAGGUGGCUGAGGUGGGAAUAUAUCGGAUGCAUAAUUGCAUUCAAUUGCAACAAACUGGUGCAUCUGGGUAUAAAACAUGAAAUUACUAAUUGCACCGUAUCAGUGUUCUGCAGUACUCAUUGUGUUUCACAUCGCCUCUUUAAGUUAGGACUUACCAUUUAAAGAAGUUCAUCUAAAUUCGCAGUGCAAUAUUUAGAUUAUAAUUCCCUUUUUUAAAAGAACAGAUAACCUUUAAUUAAUACAUCACAAUGUUCAGCAAGUGUCUAUUGGUUCUGUGCUCAGUCACAUUGGUGUUGGCUCGAAGUGCACCAACAUCAAAGAAUUCAGUUACGAUGGAGGAUAAAGCACGAUCACUGGUCGGAUCGUCGGUCUUCAAUGAUCUGCGAUACAUUUACAGAACAUACCAAGAGUGUUCAACAACGGACUUGACGGUGUGUCUCAAGAUUAAGUUGCUCACGUCACUUGAUCGCGCUAGUAGGUCUGUCGGAAAUGUGUCAAUUGGCGAUGAUAUCAAAUUGGUGCGACAGGAGAGCAGUCCAGUUGAUGAGACUCCAAUCAAGUCCACGGAAGAAAUUGAAGAGUCCUUGCCACGAUCGCUAAGUGACAAGCAAACUGCCCUUAAUUCAUUGAUCUUCUCCAAGAUUGUCAACUUCUUCAACACUCACACACUUCAGGUUAAAUUCCCAGAGUCUGACGACGUUGAGCGAUCAUUCGAAGGACGUGCCAAGGAGAAGAAAAACAGCUGGGUUAUGAUCCCUGUUAUUUUAGCUGGAAGUAUGGUACCCCUUGCCUAUGGUGCCCUAGCCCUGCUCGCCGGUAAAGCCCUGAUUGUCUCCAAACUUGCCCUGGUUCUGGCUUCCAUCAUUGGUAUCAAGAAGCUCGUGUCCAGCAGUUCUGGCCAUCAUGAAGGAUCUCACGAAGUUGUCGUCUCCGGUGGACAUGGCGGAUCUGGAUGGGGACGUAGUUUCGAUGCACAUGAUCAAGCAUACCAAGCCCAGAAGCCCUAACCAACUUGUAAGCCUACUUCCUAUUAUCCCCCUCCCCCCAAACGAAACCCUUCCUUAUUCAUUGAGACCAUCUCCUAGCCCAUUAAAAAACUCAUUACGACACCUACGACGAGGCAUGAUCUACCAAAAAAACAGACCUACUUUUAAGAGAAAAUCAUACCAAAAUCUUAUAAAUUAGUUGAAAAAAGACGAGAAAAAAAAGAAAACAUGUGAAUACCUUAGAAAAUGAGAGUGAUUUUUGUAUAAGAAAUUAUUUAUUUUGUUUUUUGUAUCGCUAAAGGUGAAAAUUAACGUAUUUUUUUUGUAUUGAAGAAAAGAAAUGAAAUUGCUGUAAUUAUUCUUUCAUAAACCAAAUACAAGAGUAAUUGAAUUUAA